AUGAAUACAUUUCAGUUCACCAUCUUAAGAAUCAUGCUAAACGAGAGCUGUGUCACUGAGUUCAUUCUCCUUGGACUUUCACAAAAUUCAAAAGUUGAGAAAAUAUUGUUUGUUAUAUUUUUGUUGAUAUAUCUUGCAACUAUUGGGGGUAACAUGAUAAUUGUGGUAACCAUCAUGUACAGCCCUACACUGUUGGGUUCCCCCAUGUACUUCUUUUUAAUAUUCCUGUCCUUACUGGAUGCAUGCACUUCUUCUACUGUCACCCCCAAGAUGACUGUCGACUUCUUCUAUGAGAGGAAGACCAUCUCCUUUGAAUGUUGCAUGACACAACUGUUUGCUGUUCACUUCUUUACUGGGAUGGAGGUGAUUGUCCUUUCUGCCAUGGCCUAUGACCGCUAUGUGGCCAUUUGCAAACCUCUUCACUACUCCUCCAUCAUGACCCGGAGGCUCUGUGGCAUUUUGGUGAUGUUGUCUUGGACAGGCGGAUUCUUACAUUCUAUCAUUCAAAUUAUCUUCACUUUACAGCUGCCCUUCUGUGGACCCAAUGUCAUUGAUCAUUACAUGUGUGACUUGUUUCCAUUACUGAAGCUUGCCUGCACGGACACACACAUAUUUGUCAUUUUGGUGUUUGCCAACAGUGGUUCUAUCUGCCUCAUAAUCUUCUCUAUUUUGCUCAUCUCCUAUGGUGUCAUCUUGUUCUCUCUGCGAGCUCACAGUUCUGAAGGGAGACGUAAAGCUCUCUCUACCUGUGCAUCCCAUAUUACAGUUGUGCUUUUGUUUUUUGUGUCAUGCAUAUUAAUAUAUGCUCGACCUACUGCCUUCUCUUCUGAAAAAAAUGCUCUUGUAUUUGCCACAAUCAUAACACCACUUCUGAAUCCUAUGGUGUACACUUUCAGGAAUAAGGAAAUGAAGAAUGCUAUGAAGAAAAUGUGGAAGAGAUGGAUAGUGGUUUCUGGUGACUACUAA